AUGGCUGAUGCAAGAAAUAUUAACGAUGAAAAUGACGAUAACAAUGAUGUGGCUAGACAAGAAGCAUUCGAGAACAGAGUUACAGAAGUAGCGGAAGGGGUUAUACAAGCCAAUCUUCCACGGUUGGCUCAAGAAGUAGAAAGCCGAGUUCUGGGGGUUGUGGAUGCUAUGAUGACCAGUAGGUUCGAAGAGUUGAAGGAAUUAAUCGAAGGAUCCAAGGGUAGAGGUAAGGAACGAAGGUGCACUUAUAAGGAUUUUAUGGCAUGCCAUCCGAUGAUGUAUGACGGUAAAAUAGAUCCUGUUGAAUGUCAAAGAUGGAUCUCGAACAUAGAGGCGGUCUUUAUACGAAGUAGGUGUGAUAAGGAGGAUCAAGUGAUGUUCGCUACCGGUUUACUAACCCAUCAGGCGAAGGAUUGGUGGGAUGCUCACAGCAAGGAGGUAGGCGAAGACAGACUGCAAGUUAUGACUUGGCAGGAGUUUAAGGGGCCCUUCAUGAGAUAUCAUUGCCCUCAGUCGGCUAUCGACAAGAUUCAGGAGGAUUUCUUACGCCUCCAGCAGAAAAACGAAUCAGUGAAUGAAAUAGCAAACAAUUUUAUGGAUAAGAUGAAGUUCUGUGGAGAAUUGGUAACAACCGAGAGGAUGAAGAUAAGUCGUUUUUAUGGCGUGUUAAAGGCAGAAAUUAGAGAGUUCAUCACUCCCUCAAAAUGUGAAACUCUUGAGGAGCUCAUCGAUUUAGCACGAGAUAGGGAGAUCGAGAUUAAAAGACAAGAAGAGCGAGGUGAAAAGAGACCGAGUGAAAAGGGUGCAAGUUUCAGCCCAUCUAAAAAGGGGAAGUUUCAGGAUCAAGGAAGGAAGGGCAAGUCGAAAGGUGGAAUUACACCUUGUAAGACGUGUGGGAAGCUCCAUACCGGAGAAUGUUUGCUAGGCAAAAAGGGGUGCUUCAAAUGCGGGAAGGAGGGGCAUUCAUCUUAUCAAUGCCCGAACAACCCAAAGACUUGUUUCAACUGUUUUGAAAGGGGGCAUAUCAAGUCGGAAUGCCCGAAGCUUCAGCAAGAAACAAAGAAAGAAGAUAAGAAACAAGAGAGUUCUAAGGCGAAGGGGAGAAUGUUUCAAAUCACAUCGGAAGAAGCCAAAUCCCAGCCGAAUGUGGUUUCAGGUAUCUUUUUAAUAAACUCAAUGCCGGUUUAUGUAUUGUUUGAUACCGGGGCCACUAUGUCAUUUAUCUCUAGUGAAAUCGUACAACACCCUUCCUUUAAGAUUGAACGGAUGUCGAUGCCCUUAGAAGUAGAGAUAGCCGAUAGUAAAAAUUAUUUGUUGCAUGAAAUAUGUAAAAAUUGUAAAUUAACCAUUGAGGAUGAGGAGUUUGCUAUCGAUCUUAUACCCAUGAUCUUGGGAGAAUUUAAGGUAAUAGUGGGUAUGGAUUGGAUGUCCCAAAACCACGCAGAGAUAAAUUGUGAAACCAAAACCAUACAUCUCCGAGCCCCAAGUGGAAGACGAUUAAAUGUACAAGGCGAAAGAAAGAUGGAAGCGAAGCUAUGUACUCUCGUUCAAGCCACUAAGUACGUGCUCAAUGGGAGUAGAGCAUACUUAGCUUACGUAGUAAAUACUCAACAAAGCUUCCCAAAGCUUGAAGAUGUUGAAGUCGUGAACGAAUUUCCGGAUGUAUUCCCGGAGGAAUUGCCGGGACUCCCUCCUGAGCGAGAAGUGGAAUUCAAUAUCGAAUUGAAUCCGGGUGCGAAACCGGUCGCGAAGGCUCCCUAUAGAUUAGCUCCCACGGAAAUGCGGGAAUUAAUGACACAAAUACAAGACCUCCUAGACAAAGGCUUUAUACGCCCAAAUGAUAUUCUGGUCUAUUCACGAAGCAAGGAUGAACAUGCAGUACACUUGCGUGAAGUACUUGAAGUUCUCCGUAAGGAGAAGCUCUACGCAAAAUUUUCAAAAUGCGCCUUUUGGCUUAGGGAAGUGCAGUUUCUGGGGCACGUAAUAAAUUCGGAGGGUGUUUUGGUUGAUCCUUCAAAGAUUGAUGCUGUAAUGAAAAAGAAAGAGAAGUUUGUAUGGGAAAAAGAACAGGAGGAGGCUUUUCGAAUGUUAAAAGAGAAACUAUCAAGUCCCCCGAUCUUAACAUUACCAGACGGAACCGAAGACCUGGUGGUCUAUUCAGACGCUUCACACCAGGGAUUGGGUUGUGUUCUAAUGCAAAAAGGGAGAGUUAUCGCUUAUGCUUCGCGACAAUUGAAGCCUCAUGAGGUGAACUACCCCACACAUGACUUGGAAUUAGCGGCGGUAGUGUUUGCAUUAAAGAUUUGGAGGCAUUAUCUAUAUGGGGCAAAAUGCACCAUUUACUCGGACCACAAAAGCCUUAAAUAUUUCUUUGAACAGAGAGACCUAAAUAUGAGGCAGCGGAGGUGGUUGGAACUUAUCAAAGAUUAUGAUUGUGAUAUCCUCUACCAUCCGGGGAAGGCAAAUGUAGUAGCCGAUGCAUUAAGCCGUAAAGAGUAUCCACCUCCCAUAAGAGUGAAAUCCAUGAAGAUGAUAGUUACGCCACGAUUACUCGAGGCGAUACGCGAAUCCCAGAUAAAGUCGCUCGGAGCGAAAGACCUGAAGAGGGAACGACUAAAAGGUGUGAUCGAUAAUCUAGAAGAAAAUUCGACCGGGCUUAAGACGCGGACUCCCGUAUGUUGGGGCGAAGUGGGACAAAGGGAGUUUGCACCAAGUGAUUUAAUAGCAGUAACGAAUGAAAAGAUCGAAAUGGUUAGAACAAGGUUGAAAGCAGCUCAAGAUCGGCAAAAAGCUUAUGCAGACAAGAGAAGGCGUCCUAUCGAGUUCCAAGUUGGAGAUUUUGUCUUGCUAAAGGUGUCCCCAUGGAAGGGUAUAAUCCGUUUUCGCAAACGGGGAAAGUUAGGUCCUCGUUACAUCGGGCCGUUUAAAAUCUUAGCUCGGGUUGGAAGGGUUGCGUAUCGACUAGAAUUACCGCCUGCUUUAGACGGGAUUCACCAUACCUUCCACGUGUCACAAUUGAGAAAGUGCCUUGCGGAUGAGACAGCACUAGUACCUCUUGAUGAUAUUGAGUUGGACGAAGGGUUAAAUUAUGUCGAAAGGCCCAUAGCCAUUAAGGAUUUCAAGGUGAAGAAUCUCCGCAACAAAGCUGUUAAACAAGUGUUGGUACAAUGGCAGCACCGGAAGGGUUCGGAUCUUACGUGGGAAGCAGAAGACGAGAUGAGGAGGCACUAUCCUUUUCUUUUCGGUAUGUCAAUAUUUAAAUUAUGA